AGCCGUUAAGAACCUGACUGGAAAAGUGACAUCGCGUAGUAGAAGAAGCCACUGUCUGCGUGGACAAAGCUAGCUAAAAAAAAGGUUUAACGUUCAUUGAGGUAGUUAUUACAUAAUAGACAAACAAUAAGGCAUUUAUAACUUUAUAAAAUUAUAAAGACACUGAGCACCAUUGAGAAAACAAAACGCUGUACGGUUCGCGGAGGGUGUGUUCGGUGUGGAAUGAAUACAGUUCAGGUCUCGUGUACAGCACCGUGUAACUGUGCGCGUGUUUUGCGUGACUGGGACGAACAGCGCCUCUGAGCAACGGCACGUGAGGAGGAAGAUGAUGAGCAAGAAGUUGAAGGAUGAAGAGCACAUGAGAGGAAUGGCCAAAUUUAAAGGGAAACGGAGAGAGAGAUCAGAGUCGGAGAGGGACUCUGGCUUCUCAGACGCCAGCUCUGAGCAUAUGAGUGUGAUUGAUCAGACCGACCCGGACGAGGCUUCGUGUUCUGUGGGGUCCUCACGGUCCGGUUCUAGAUCACAACCUUCUCAGCUGGCUGCUGCGGUGGGGGGCGGCGCUCUGCAGGGUCUUUCACCAAUGAUCAUUAUGAAUAAUGUCGUUCUGAAACAGUCGGGAGAGAACCCGUCAGCUUUAAAACCCUGGAGCUUCAGUCCAGCUGUUGAGAUGGUUCAGCAACCUCAGGUCGUCUUCCUCCAACCCAUGAUUCCCCAAAAAACUGCUGCAGUGUCAAAGGGACCUCCUUCCAAACGGCGUCAACACAAAAAGUACCUACCCAUCCUCAAAUCCUACCCCAAAAUUGCCCCUCACCCUGGAGAAAACCCAAAGAAGGGAGGCAGCACCGGCAGCAGAUCCACGUACAGCUCCAGUUCCUCUCAGUUGGAUGGCAGUCAGAAAGACGUGGGGCACAGCGAGUCCUCCGAUGCGUCAGCCGUGGUAACGUUACCCAGCCCGUUGCCUGCAUCCACCCCUACCCACAACGCCUCCGCUAAUUCAGGUGAUAGUAGCUCUCCGCAUGGCGAACGGCAGACACGCGCAAGAAGCACAGAAUCCACCGAUGACUGUCCUGACCUGACCUCACGGGUGCUCGCUCCUAAUUCACAAUGUGUUUCUGCCAGUGGCACGGACAACAAGUUAAAACGAUUCUGUAACACUUACAAUAUUCUCAGUAAGUCAGGGCUGUUGGACAUCACGUUGCGCACGAAAGAGUUAAUUCGGCAAAACCGACGGACGCAGAGCGAGCUGGAGCGGCUGCGUGAACACGCUAACCUGUAUGUAGCUGCUCUUCAGACGGGAGAUUCGGCAAUCUGGAGCAGGCUACAGAUGAGCGUGAUGGAGGAGAACUGAACAUCAUGACAGACGCAUGGGCACGAUGAGCUUUAAAAGCUGUCUGUUCACAAUGUUUGUCAAAAAAAAAAAACAAUGCACCUUGUGAUUGUUGGAUUUAAUGUGUGUUAAACUUUCAUCUAAUAAUAAGGAUAUAUAGCAGUUAUCCAACUGAUACAAGCGUAGCUCCAGACUUACGGUCAAACCAAUACCUGGUUUAAUAACUUGUUAGAUGAUGUUGUAGUUUGUAAAGAUUCACGUCCAUAUGCUUUAGCUUUAACCCAUUUCAGUUCAUGCAGUAAUAAGCUACGUUGUGGUUAAGGCUGCAUCUGUUUUUGACGUAUGAGGUUGAACUUAAUCCUUUCUAAACGGAAACGUCUAUUAGACCUUUUUCAUAAGAAUUUCUCUUUAGUAACACAACAUUCAGCUUUAUGGAUCAGUUUGUGUGCACGAAUGAUGUUGUAUUUACACAGGAAAUGAUUCUUGUGUUUUGUCUAAAUGAGGUCUGUUGAUGCUGUUUCUAAAACCCAGUGACAUCUCUACAAACCCAUACUGUAUAAAUCCAUUACACCUGCUCUCCUAAUACAACAUUUCUUGAUUAAUGAUUAUGUUUUUUUACCAAGAGACAUAUUUUUGGCCAGAUUGUAAGGCAGCGUUGCAUGUGUCCCCAACAGGGCGGGCUAUCCCAGAAUGCUUUGCAGCAAGCUAAACGUUACUCUGGAGUUUUGGUUCAGUGUUGACUACAAAUAUCCUUUAGUUCUGAAAAAUUGGAGAAACAAACAUUGAAAUGUUUAGUCUGAUUAAAAACAAACUUGUUAGUUGACUUAUUUGUGUGUUUAGGAAGACUAAUAUAUAUUCAGGUCCUGUAGACUUUACAUGAGGAGGUUUGUUAUGUUAAAGGCAAAUACUGUAGAGAAGGUUUGUGGUGUUUAUGUGCUGGGUCAGACGAAUGUUCAUCAUGUUUUCUUGUAGCAUUUGACUUUGCUGCUUUGUAAAUUCAUCAUUCCAGAGCUCCAAUAUGGCCUUCAUAAUAAUUCACUCGUGAACUGAAACGCAGAAAAGAUUCAUCGUCCUGUCUGCUUGACAACAUUUAUUUAUCAUCAUCAUAACAUCUCUAUUAAAGAAUGUUUAAAUAUGCUUACAGCGUGAUGCCCAACAAUGUCUUCUAGCGUCUCAUCAUUUACACUGUUGGUCAGAGCAAUGAUUAUUAUUUAUCAAAACUUUAUUGAUUUCCUGUGAAACGUGAGACAGUUCUGAAUGUUGUAGAGAUGUUUGUGUUUCAGUUGUUUAUGUUGCUGUCUUUUUAAUACUGUAGAAAGGUACCAGAUGUACCACAAAACAUCAUCUGCUCAUAUUUCACCCCACAAUCCAAAGAUAAAACACAUAUUUCACAAUGCAAUACAUUCGUAUAACCUGCAUUAGUGGAACAUUGGUGUUUUUUUAAUCUGAUGAAACUCAAUAAUAUUUCAUUGAUUUUUUUUAUUGAGGAUUGAUUGAUUGAUUAAUUGGUCGUUUCUGUGAAUUGUAAGCUGGUUGAGUUCUUGAUAAGGUUUACUUAUGUUAAAAUGAAUUGAUGUGUUUUAUAAGACUUGUUUUGUGUUUGCUAAGACAUUUAACUUCUCUUUCUGCUUGAUUUACACAAUGAAUUUGUAUUUUAUUUGUUCACACACAUGAGACAGAUGAUAUUUAUGGCAGCUAUAACCCUUACGCUUUAAAACCAUCACUUGUCUUUGUAAGAGUUCAUCUGAAGAGUCACAACAUGAACUCAGAUUGGAGUCAAUUCAUUUUCUCAUUUCACAUUUCAUUAGAUUUUUUUUACCUCUUUAAACAUCAUAUUGAGAUACUUGAAAAUAUAAAAUGAUGAAAGGGAGAUGUGUUCCUCAAAUGUUUCAUGGUCCUUUUAAGUUGUCAGAUUGAAAGGGAUUUUUUAAUUGUAUUUAUUAUUUCUGUAUGUUGUGUUAAUAUGAAUCGCUUUGUCACACGUUUACAGUGGGGUCCAAAAGACUGAGAUCACGACCAUUAAAAAAAUAAAAAAAAUUGUGAGGAGCACAGUCAGGUAAUCAGUGAGAAGUUUAUAUGUCAUGAUGAGAAAACAAAAAGAGAUUCUGCAUUAAUAGCUAAAACAACACAUUUGUGUUCAUGUCAACUUAUUAUCAGAUGUGUGUGUUGGUACUGUAUUGUGUACUGAACGAUGUUUGAUUGUUGUAGAAAAUAAUGUAAUAUUGACAUUUGUUGAAAAGUGAUCUCAGAUGUCUUUACCCCGCUGUAUGUGUGUGCAUAUACAUUUAAAGAUGAGAUUUUAUAAGAGAUGAACAAUGUUAACACUUUGAGAAGAACUACAGGCAGAUUUGUUUGUGUCUUAAUACUUCUCUUCUUGCCUUACAUUGAUCACAGUUGAAGUUCUCUAUAGUAGUUGCCCAUCAAUUUUGAUCAACUAGUCAAUAAAUGUUGGUGUCUGUAA